AUGUCGUCCCAGCAUUCAUUAUCAGAAGUACCCACGCGAGUGGACAACCAACUGCCCGAUUUACUGGCCUUGAAGACAUCCAACGCUGAGAAGGGCGUUAACAUCCUUGCGCAAACUCCUAGCCGCUUCUCAUACCGUGAGGAUGAGACUAUGUACGACAAGUUCACCCCCAAGCGCAAGGUGUUGAUUACUACCAUCGUCUCUUUUGCUGGUCUGGGCAUCAACCUUGCAUCCCUGUUGGUGUUGUCAGCCCUACCUGAGGUGGCAGCUGCUUUCAACACUACUGGAACCGUCAUCAAUUAUUCAAACGCCCUCUUCCUGUUGAUGAUGGGUAUCGGGGUCCUUUUCUGGGGUCCGUUAAGUCAGAUCUACGGGAGAAAAUGGAUCUUCGUCAUAUCGGCCGUGUUGUUCUGCGCCUUUUCUCUUGCGACAGCAGUAUCACCCAAUCUGGUCUCCUUUUUCAUUUUCCGUUCAAUAACCGCACUAAGUGGAACCUGUUUCCUCGUUGUCGGCGCGAGUUGUCUCAGCGAUGUAUACCGACCGACUGAACGCGGGACAGCACUGGGUUGGUUCCUGGGCGGCACUCUGAUCGGCCCUGCUCUUGGUCCGUUUAUUGGAGGUGUGAUUGUUACCUAUUCAAAGUGGCAGUCACUUUUCUGGUUCCAAGGAGCGGUUGGAGGAGUUGCAAUGGUUUUGUCCAUUGCUUUUCUUCCAGAAACCAGCCAUGGAAAGUGGUCUGAAGAAUUGGAAGGGCUUUCUACAAGAGAGAAAGCUGUCCAGAUAUGGGAAUGGGCCAACCCGUUUCGAAUCAUUGCACUUUUCCGUUAUCCCAGAAUCCUGAUGGUGGGCAUUGCCGCGUCUUCGAUUCUCUGGAACAUGCAGGUGCUCUUAACACCUGUUCGUUAUGUUAUCAAUCCCAGGUUCAAUCUCACGACUCCGUUGCAGUCUGGGUUCUUUUUCUUGGCACCGGGCGCUGGAUACAUCGUCGGUACAUUUUUCGGUGGCCGGUAUGCCGAUCAUACCGUCAAGAAAUGGAUCCAGAAGCGCGGCAAGCGAGUGCCUGAAGACAGAUUGCGCAGCUCUUUCAUUGCUAUGGGAGUUGUCAUCCCGGGAAGCGCCAUUAUUUAUGGGUGGGCUAUCGACCAAGAAAAAGGAGGCAUUCCCCUUCCGGUUAUCUGCAUGUUUGCGCAAGGUGUUGCUCAGAUGGUUUGUUUUCCUUGCCUCAACAGUUACUGUCUGGACGUCUUCCGAGAUAGAGCAGCCGAGGUCAUGGCUGGAAAUUAUUUCAUUCGGUACGUCUUAGCUGCCGUCGCAACAGCAGUUUGUCUACCGGGAGUGCAAGGCAUCGGUGUUGGUUGGUUUUCAACAGUGAGUGCUCUCUUCGUUGUGAUUUCAAGUAUAGGCGUCUGCUGCAUUGUGAUUUACGGCACAGAGUCGACGAAGAAGACGGAGAAGUCGGAAAACGUCUAA